AUGGAUGUCAAGCCGCAGACCCGCCCAAAAGAGCCACAAAGAAGCUCCGUCAGUGGCCGACAUGCUCACCUCCCAGAGGCCUACACUCAAGUCCCAAUAGGACGGACACAGCAAGCCCACCCAGGGCAGGAGAUCCCCCCUCGGAAGCAUUUUCCAGUGACAUUCUACACUCCUUGGCAGAGGUUAAGGGGUAUCUGCUGGUGGAAAUAACAUGCAUAGCCACUGAGGUAAAGGCCGAAAUAGCCGCCAUUGAGUCCCGCAUUAGAAUCAUCGAACAGAGCAUGGACCACGUGGUGUCAGUCCAUAAUACAGCUGCAACACUCACUAACAAGUUCCUCCACAGGAUUACUGACCUGGAGAUUGAGCUUGAGGACGCCUCCAACCGAUCACGGUGUGACAAUUUACGCAUCUGUGGCCUGCCGGAGACGGUUGAAGAGGCGGAAUUGGAAGGAACCCUGGUGGCCUGCUUUCACCACAGCUUGCCGGACAUCCCAGAACACCUCUGGCUAGUGGACAAAGUUCAUAGUGCCCUCAGCGCAAGGGGACCGAAAAACAGCCCUCCCAGAGAUGUCAUGAAAUGGCACUAUUUCAAGACCAAAGAGGCCAUCUUAUGGCACAGCAGAACACAGGACUAUGCACAUGAAGGGAAUGAUCUCCAACUCUACCAAGAUGUUGCCCUGGCCACACUCCCCCCGUACAAAAUCCUAGUCUUCAACAGCCCAAAACUGGCGGUGUUAUUACCCUCUAUGGACAUACCUACCUUCCUUAGGGACCUUCACAUCCAUGUACCUGAGGGCCUCCACAUCCCGUCCACCUGUGCUGAGACACUCUCAAUGUUACCUGGUGCCAGGGAUGACCAACACCUCCUACCGGCCUAA